UCCACACGUCACAUGUUACAUUGUGUGGGGAAGAUGGUGGAUCUCGAUGUUGAAGUUCAAUCAGAAUGAAUUUGUUUAUCUUCCAUCUACCAAAUCGUCGUCUUCCUCCUCUGACUUCUGAUAGAAAUUAAAUCAGAGCUUUCUCCUCCAUGGAUUCGUCGAAUUCUUCCUCUAUCAUAUCGCUGAUCAUAUUUUCUAUCGCAGUUUCGUCUGCCUUUGCGUUCGCUCCACGCGCUUCUGGAUGCGGCUACAGCUCCAUCUUCAAUUUUGGCGAUUCGCUUUCCGAUACGGGAAAUCUGUUCGACGAAUGUUCUUCCGGCGAACCUCACAAGUCUUGCUUUGCUCCGUAUGGAGAGACCUUCUUCCGCCGCCCCACCGGGCGAUGCUCCGACGGCCGUCUGAUUCUAGACUUCAUUGCCGAAUCGCUGGGGCUUCCACUGGUACAGCCGUAUCUGGGUGUCAGAAGAAAGGGGAUCACGGCUGAGGAUUUUGAGAAGGGACUGAAUUUCGCAGUCGCCGGAGCCACCGCGCUGGAUGCGUCGUUUCUCCGAGAAAAUAUGAGUUGUAAAGUACAUACCAACUACUCUCUGGCGGUCCAAUUGGAAUGGUUCAGGGACGCAUAUUCCUCAGUCUGCAGAUCGUCUUCAACUGCAAGGUGCAGAGAAAUCCUAAAAAGUUCACUGGUUCUCGUUGGAGAAAUAGGAGGCAAUGACUACAAUGAUCCAUUCUUUGAGCGACGUAGCUUUGAAGAUAUUAAGUCACUCGUACCAUUAGUGGUUAAACAAAUUGCUUCAACUAUCAUUGAGUUGAUUAAAUUGGGUGCCGAAACUUUAAUGGUUCCUGGGAACCUUCCAAUCGGGUGUAAUCCAACUUAUCUCAAACUUUAUGGAACUUCAGUAAAAAACUCAGAAAAUGGUUGUUUGGAGUGGCUGAAUGAAUUUUCCGAGUACCACAAUGAACUUCUUAAAGAAGAAUUGAAACAAAUUCGAGCCAACUAUCCUCAUGUCCAUUUAAUUUAUGCAGAUUAUCACAAUUCUGCCAUGCGUUUCUUUAAUGCCCCACAAGAUUUUGGAUUUACAAAUACCUUGCAGUCUUGUUUGGUGUUGGAGGAUCAAACAUCUAAGAAACAUACAAAUUAUGGAAUAUUGCCGCCAAAGUUUAAGACAGUGUGUGCUGAUCCUUCCAAAUAUGUUUGUUGGGAUGGCAUCCACUUAACAGAAGCAGCCUAUAGGGCAAUUGCUAUUGGUCUGUUACAAGGCCCAUACACUAUUCCUCAAAUCACAACCUCAUGCAUUUCACAAAAUGCCACAACAAACUUACCUCAAUUGCUCUGAACUCCCAUUUUAUUUUCCUUGUAAUCUUAUGCUUUGUAUGUGAAGUGCUCCGGAGCCCCAGGGUUUCAAUAGUAUGAUAUUCUCUCUCAGUAAACUCGUGUUUUCUUUCA